GCUCUGCUGCAGUUUCUUCUUUUCACAAGACUCUUCAACACUGACCAAGGAUCAGCCCGACGUGAGGUCAGCUCCCCUAUAUCCUUCAUUCUCGACAGGAACAUCCACUAUAAAACAUCAUAAAAAUGGCUGAACAACGAUCAAAGGCUUGGCCUCUUGCGGAUGAGGCACUCACCAACUCCAUCCUGGACUUGGUUCAGCAGGCUGGACAGUAUAAGCAGCUUAAAAAAGGUGCAAACGAAGCUACGAAAACUCUCAACCGUGGUGUAGCGGAAUUUAUCGUGCUGACCGCUGAU